UCACAAAAAUAAAUUUUGUUUUUGGAAAAUUUUUAAAAAUCUUAUUUUCUAUAAAAAACAAAUACAUAAAAUUUUAAUAAAAAUUAUAACUUCUGGAAAAAAAACUACACAAUAUUAGUAAAAAAACUGAUUAAUUAUAAUCAGCUACAAACUCUGGUUAAGUCCCAAUUUCUUAAAGCAUAGUUAUUAUUAUUAUUAUUUAUGUAAUAAUAUUUAAAUAUGUUAAUUACUAAAACUUUUACCAAGACUUUGCGGAAAUGGGUGUAAAUUUAAAAUUAUUUUAAACUUAUAAUUAAGUAAAUUCUUUUCAUAUUUUCUUUAAAUAUUCUAAUAAAUGACAAUAAAUAAAAAGAAAACAAAACUAUUUACUCCUCCAAACACUAUGACAAAAAAUAGUCUUCUAUUUAUUUCGAAAAAAACAACAAAACUAAAAUUAAAAAUAUUGUUUCUCUCACUUUUUCUUUAAUUUUCUAUUUUCUUUUGCAGUUAUGCAACACGUCCGUAAUUGUGGCCCCCAAUUGUUUAUCAUCAGCCGCAAGGGGGGCACAUUACUGGCCAUUAAUGAUUUUAUUUAUAGAUCCAAUUUGAAAAGAUUUGGUCCCAUGGGUGAUAAGGUUUACUGGGAAUGUAUUCACAAUCGUUCGAAAAAAUGUCGCAGUCGUUUGAAAACUAUUGGCGAUGAUUUGUAUGUGACCAAUGAUAUACACAAUCAUUCCGGUGAUGGUCAACGCAUUGAGUUGGCCAGAAGAUCGGGUAUGUUGAUCUAUAAAAAGUUUAGUGCAAUUGGUUUAAUACCAAAUAAACCACCUUUUCAAUGAGUAUUAUUUCUUAUGUUUAUUCAAAUGUUAUCAAUGUAAAUAGUCAUACAAUUUACGAAAAGUUUUUGUAUUUUAGUAAACAUGUAAAAA